AUGGGUGUCUCUCAAAAAUGGCUCGCAAUUGUUCUGUUUAUUGUCCUCCAUCUUUGUGCAAUCAGUCUUGGUGAUGAAAAAAUUGACAAAACCAGAUACCGUGAUUAUGACGGCCAUUGUCAAUGGGGACGACGCUGUCGUGGCCGUGGGUUUGGUGGUCGAGGGCCUGGUGGACGUGGAGGAGGACUAGGAGGUGGUGGUGGUUUCGGUGGUGGUGGUGGAGCUGGAGGAGGUAUUGGUGGUGGCGCAGGUGGAGGAGGGGGAUUAGGAGGUGGUGGCGGAGCUGGAGGAGGUAUUGGUGGUGGCGCAGGUGGAGGAGGGGGAUUAGGAGGUGGUGGCGGAGCUGGAGGAGGAAUUGGUGGUGGAGCGGGUGGAGGAGGGGGAUUAGGAGGUGGCGCAGGUGGAGGAGGGGGAUUAGGAGGUGGUGGUGGAGCAGGAGGAGGUGGUGGGGUUGGUGGAGGUGCAGGAAGCGGAGGCGGAUUCGGAGCUGGUGGAGGAGUUGGAGGAGGAGCUGGAGGAGGAGUUGGUGGUGGAGGAGGUCUUGGAGGGGGUGGUGGAGGGGGUGUGGGUGGUGGUUCAGGUCACGGUGGAGGUUUUGGAGCUGGUGGAGGUGUAGGUGGUGGUACUGGUGGAGGUUUAGGUGCUGGUGGAGGUGGAGGUGGAGGUGGGGGAUCAGGUCAUGGAGGUGGAUUUGGUGCAGGUGGGGGUGUAGGUGGUGGAGCUGGUGGAGGCAUCGGAGGUGGAGGAGGAGCUGGAGGAGGCGGAGGGGGUGGUAUUGGUGGAGGGUCUGGUCAUGGGGGAGGAUUUGGCGCAGGAGGGGGAGUAGGAGGUGGUUCUGGCGGAGGACUUGGAAGUGGUGCAGGUGUAGGUGGUGGUCAUGGUGGAGGAAUCGGGAUCGGGAUUGGGAUUGGCAUAGGAGUAGGUACCGGGUCCGGCACUGGCGUUGGAGCUGGAACUGGAUCUGGCAGCGGAGGUGGUGGCCAUUGA